AAAGCGAGAUACCGUACAAUAAUUCCAGUCCAACAGUUUCAUUCCUUUUGGAGUUCGAGUAUAUUACAUCUCAUUUUCAACAAACAAAAGCAAAAUUAAGGUAAUAGUAUUGCUUCUGAAGUACAGUAUCAAUAACAGCGACGAUGAUGAAAAUGAACACUCUCGCGUUCUUUAUCUGGCUUGCAGCAGUAAAAACCUCAUCAGUGUUUGCGUCGCCCCGAAUCAUCAACGGUGAAGAUUCGAAACCUGGCCAUUUUCCCUAUUACGUUUAUCUUCCAGUGGGAUGUGGUGGAACUCUCAUUGCGCCCGAUAUCGUCCUUAGUGCAGCCCAUUGUAACAAAGAAGUCAAUGUAAACAUGCCAGUUGCUGUUGGGUCUUACCAACGGUGGAACCCUCGUAGUCAGCCUCCACCACCGGGCUCCCAGAUUCGUGUGUGUGAAGUAUGGAUCGAUCAUCCGCAGUGGGAUAAAAAUACGUUCACAUAUGAUUACGCUCUCUGCAAGCUCAACGCAAAUGCAACCAUCGACGAAUCCUUUGUCAAGCUCCAACUGAACGAGGAUCCCGAUGCGCCAGCUGUUGGGACCGAUGUAAUUGCCGCAGGACUGGGGGUUAUUGACGAUAGGGGGGGUCCUUAUGCCCCCCCAAUUUUUCCCAAAACAUUGCAAAACGUCACCUUCCCAACAAGAAGCCAAGAGGUCUGUAAAGACAUUCAUUCAAAAGGCUCGUAUCCUAAUCAUGUAAUUGAUCCGGUCACGACAUUGUGUGCGGAUUAUGACAUCAAUGAUCGGAAGACAGCCUGUAAUGGUGACUCUGGUGGUCCACUUGUACAACGAGUAGGUAAGGGUGACGGAACCUUUGUCGACAUCCAAUACGGUCUCACCAGCUGGGGCGCAUGGCCUUUUUGUGGAGAUGGCGUUUUUGCCCGAAUCAGUGGUGGACUAGACUGGAUCAAAACCACUGCGUGCGGAGAGUUGAACGGUUCAGGUGCCUUUUGUGGCAAGUCGGAGUCGGAGCCAUUGUGGGUCGCAAAUUAUGAUUGGGACUGUGAUGAUCCCUCAAACAAAUUUUUCUGUGAAACUGACCCACAAUUGUAUCAAGUUCAGAUCACCCCUCCUGGGAUCGAUCCUGAACUUUGGCCAUAUGAAGAGACGAAAGCGCCGAAGAAGACCAAGGCACCGAAACGAACCAAGGCACCGAAGCGUACCAAGGCACCGAAGCGAGCCUAAGCACCGAAGAGGCAGGGCCUUCAGCAUCGCAAGAAGAAUUCAUUGAUGAUGCAUCAACAAAUUUAUCGGAAACAAAAGUAGGAAAUACUG